UAACAGCCGAACGCGCUAACCAAUUGCGCCACAGAAGCAGCUGUGUGAAGGAAAGGUAUACAGUGUAUUUAUAGCUAAAUGCCAACCCGGAAGUCACGUGUUUUAAUGUUGACAAAAUUCAGAAAAUUAGGACAUACGUGAGGAGAUAACUAUUUGUUUCAAUAUCGUACACUUCUUAUAUGUAACUGCUUUAAAAUGUGGGAACUCAGCUUAGUUUUGUUCCUCGUGUCAGUUUUAACAACUGUUAAGGGUUACACACAGUGUGGUAGAACAAGUUGUUAUGGGUCAGGAGCUUACUGCUGUUCUUACGACUCAUCAGAGUGUUGCUGGGAUACCAUCUCUGUAUACUCUUACUGGUGGUUUUGGUUUAUCUGGUUCUGGGUGGUGUUCUUCAUCAUCUCCUGCUCCAUCUGUAUCUGCAUCCGGAGGCGGCGUCAAGCUUAUGCCCAGCCUCGCUACGUGAUCGUUGACAACCAGCAAACAUACGGCACAGUAGCCCCUCCGGGAUACCAGUAUAAUAGUGGCUAUAAUGUGACCGCCAAUGUCCCCACACAAAACGCUGUUCCUGCUUCAGCACCAGCUUACCAAGAGAAGCCCCCAGAUUAUGAAACUGUAGCUGGACAAAGAAAAUAACAAGAUUUGUUUAAGAAUUUCCUGUCAUUUGUACCGUGUUCUUCCAAUUUACUAUGUAUUUUUGGUUUCUUUAGUGCUUACUUUUGAACAUUCCUUCAAGUUCUAUUGAUCAAUGCAAAUAUUAUUGGACAUAAAUUGUACGAGUUUGGGGUCACACAUUGGUUAAAGUUUUGCAUGUAAGCACCUUUAAGACAUUAUCUGAGUAAAUACAUCAUUUAUUGCAUUGAAACUUUGAAUAUUUAUUCCCAACUAUCUUACAUGCUAAAUUAAUAAAGUAAGAUAACACUUAUUUGGAUAUAAUGCAAGUAAUAGGCCUUUAUUAUUAGACUUAGAAAUUCUGGUUCAGGUUUUGCAUGCAAGCACACAUAGGUUAAUAUCUCAGCAACUAUGUGAGAUAUUGCCUUGAGACUUAAUACAAUGGUACUUAAUUAAGCAAGUUAGAUAACUCUAGUUUGUAUUUAAUACCAAUAAUAGGCCUUUAUUAUUUGACUUAUAUAUUCUUGUUAAGGUUUAUCUAACCACAUUUAAGUCAAUAUCUCAGCAAAUAUAUUAUGUAUUGCAUUGAAACUUUAGAUAUGUAUUCCCAACUAUCUAACCUACUAAAUUAAUGAAGUAAGAUAACACUUUUCUGAAUAUAAUGCAAAUUAUGGACCUUUAUUAUUGACUUAGAAAUUCUGGUUAAGCUUUUGCAUGUAAGAACACAUAGGUUAAUAUCUCCGCAAUACUUUCUGUAUUACAUUGAGACUUUAUACAAUGGUACUCAACCAUCAAAUCUACUUAAAUAACCAAGUAAGGUAACAUUUGCAUUAAAUUCAAAUAAUGGCCCCUUUUUAUUUGACAUAGAAAUUCUGGUGAAGGUUUUGCAUGUAACCACUUUAAAUUCAAUACCUCAGCGAACACAUCAUGUAUUGCAUUGAAACUUUACUUUCUGGCUCCCAACCAUUUAACCUUCUUAUUAAAUCAAGUAAGAUCAUGCUAUCUUUCAUAUUAUUUAAUUUUUGCCCGUUUAUUAUGCAACUUACAAAUUCUGAAAAGUCUUGCUUGUUAGCACACAUAGGAUAAUAUCUCAGCAACUACUUGAUGUAUUGCAUUGAGACUUUAUACAAUGGUAUCCAACCACCUAACCUAAUUGAAUAACCAAGUUAGAUAACUGUCUUUUGCAAAUAAUGGCCCUUUAUUAUUAGACUUAGAAAUUAGGGUUAAAAUUAUUUAUCACAUUUAUGUUAAUACACAGCACAUCAGUCCUGUUGUCAAUAAUCUUUUUUUUGCAAUAAGUAAUCAGCUACAGAAAAAUUUACUCAUUUUAACAUAAUGAAUAACUUUUUAAAUUGCAAAUAUAAAGAUUGAUUGCAUUUGUUUUUAGUGUUCAUGCUUUCAGAAAGCAGGAGGGCAUGCUUUGAAAUUUCCAAGGAGUGCUUAGCACAUUUUAUGGAAUUUACUUGCGUAAACUCCUGUGAUUGUAUGAAUGUAUAAAUGUAUAGAUAUAUAGUCAGUCAUAAGGUACACUGCUGUUAGUUGUAUAGACAGUUGUGUAGCCCAAGGCCAGUUUAACAAGCAAGCUAUUGACAACGUGAAAUGAUUAUCUGUAUUACUCAAAACACGAUAUUUGUUUUCCUCAGUUUAGAAAAGCUAAUUAUGUUUGUUUGAUAUAAAUGUUCAUAUAAAAUAGUCAUUGAGUUGAUGGUGCUUAUUCAAUCUGUAUAUGUUGAGAGUUUUAUGAAGCUUACGAGAUAUGAGUCGAUUUCAAAUGUGCGCUUCAGAAAGUAUAUAUUAGUUUGAAAUAAUGGUUAUUCAAGAUUAUAGCAUGUAAUUCAAUAUUUGUUUUAAUAUGAAUUUCCAUUUGAAAAAAAUACAAGUAAGGAUUUUUUUUUCAUUAAAUCAUGUAUCCCUUAAUCAGUUUAUGUUCAUACAUGUAUGUUGUGUUCAAGAUUCCGGAAAGGGACCCCUUAUCGCCAGGAACUUGAGAAAUUAUGAAAUAUUUGUUUAAUGAAAUAUCACAGGGAGAAAGUAAGGCCUCUGAUCUAAAAAAGCAUAAUAAGAAUACUAAUAAGAAUACAGAAACUGAAAAGUCAGUAUACUGUUCCAAUGAUUAGCCCACUUCAGAAAAUGGUUGGGGUGGGGGGUAAAAUAAGAAAAAAACUUCCUUACUGCGGACAAUUGUUUUUGUGUAAUUUUCUAUAUUUUUUAAUAUUAAACAAGUUGCUCUGUUUCAAUGAGUACUUGGGGUAAAAAAAUAAAUAUUUUUCGUUGAGUGGUAAAAAAUUGAUAAUCCCAAGAAGAAAUAUAGUAAAACCUUUUACAUGUUCAUUAUUGAUGAAAUUCUUAUCUUCAGAGAAAAAUAAUGAUUGGAAUAGAAGCUUCAUUUGAGCAAAAACUGUUAUUUGUAUGAAAAACAGUCAUAAUGAUAUUGCUGAAUAAGUUUUUUUUUAGGUUGGGCCAAUUACCAGCUACAUACACUAUACUUAAACAGAUUACAACUAGAAAAAAUGUAGUUGGUUUUCUAAUGUUGUUUAUAACUUGAGGCCAAACUCAAUUGUGUAUCAAUACAAUAUUACAUGUUGCAACAGUGACCAACUCGGGUGCAUAUACAAUAAAAUAUUAUUUUAAAUUCAUAUUGUUUGAAAAUGUUAAUUUGAUUUAAGUUAUUUUUAUUAUUUUUUAAAUUUUGAAUUGAUUGAGUUGUUUUUUUGUUUUAAAAAAAUCAACCUUGCACCAAUACUUCUCUUUCUGAUAUUGGAACCAGACCUUUUCGAAUAAAUCAAAAUUUGGUCAGGAUUUCGUGAUAUAACAAACCAUGAAAUCAAAGAAAUGAAAUGAUUGCACAGUGAACAUGAACUCUGGCACUAUGGUUAUGAUAAAGAUAGUGAUAUAAAUGUUUCAAACUGUGUGACUAUUUUAUAAAUCAAAAUAGAAUUGUUUUGUUUAAGAAUAAAUUGUUUUAAUUGUAUUUUACAUUCGUUUAACUUUAUCUAUUUUUCAAUGUUUGUGAAGAAAACCCACUGGUCAAGCUUGGUGAUCACAAACCAAUUGGCCAAUGCAGGUAAUGGAACCAGAAAUGCCUUGCUGAUGUUUCAUCAUAUGUAUACAUAUGUGAGAAGAAAGGACUGGUGCAUUUUUACUACUGUUUUAUGCAUAAUCAUAACAUAAUAAAAUGUGUGGUAUAUAAGUGGAAUAAAAGAGUUGUUCAUA